AUGGCUUCACUGGGGACCCCUCUGCCAAUUUGGCGGAGUCUAGCUCCCCGCAUGUCUAGGGACAUCUUUACCUGCCGACAAAGUCUACGGAAUCAGGGCUUUGUGACGAGCUCCGUCCGCCAGUUUGCUUCGAUACAAUCUCCUCAAUCUAGGAAGAUUCAAUCGACCUUCUUCACCGACAAGUAUCGCCAGUUCUUUACAUCCACCAUCCGGCGAUCAGCCCCGGCGCCAGCAGCAAUCAAUGCCGUAAAGGAAGCUGGCGCCAAAGUCUCGUCAAGCUCUACCCAGAUCAGCGACAAGGCCGUCGCAUGGUGGCUACUUGGUAGCGCAGCGAGUGUGUUUGGCCUUGUGGUCUUUGGCGGAUUGACUCGAUUGACUGAAUCUGGAUUGAGUAUCACCGAGUGGAAACCUGUCACUGGAUCGAAGCCUCCCAUGAACGACGAAGAUUGGGAAUCGGAGUUUGCAAAGUACCGCGCCUCCCCCGAAUACAAGCAAUUGAACCCGAAUAUGAACCUUGCCGAAUUUAAAUCUAUCUACUACAUGGAAUGGAUCCACCGCUUCUGGGGUCGGUUCGUUGGUCUCUCGUUUGUCCUGCCUGCUGUAUACUUCGUCGCUCGCAAGAAGGUCACUACGCCCAUGGCGUGGCGUCUGUUCGGUAUUUCUGCUCUGAUUGGUUUCCAGGGUUUCCUUGGUUGGUGGAUGGUUAAAUCCGGCUUGAAGGAUGACCUUUUCGCUCCUGGUAGUCACCCGCGUGUCAGCCAGUACCGCCUGACUGCUCAUCUGGGCGCCGCUUUCACUUGCUACGCUGCCAUGCUGUGGAACGGCCUUGCCAUUCUCCGUGCUCACCGACUCAUGAAGGAUCCCGUUGAGGGUCUCAAGUCCCUUGAUGCUCUCCGUGACCCCCGCUUAGCUUUCUUCCGCCGCUCUGUGGCUGGUCUUGCCGCUAUGGUUUUCAUCACUGCUAUGUCUGGUGGUCUUGUUGCCGGUCUAGAUGCCGGUCUUAUCUAUAACGAGUUCCCGUACAUGGGUAAUGGAUUAACACCCCCAAGCUCCGAGCUGUGGGAUGCCCACUACUCCCGCCACGAGGAUCGUUCUGACCUCUGGUGGCGCAACAUUCUUGAGAACCCCUCCCUCGUGCAGCUGAACCACCGUAUCCUCGCUGUGACCACCUUCACCGCUAUCAUGGCUCUGAUGUUCUACACAAAACGCUCCCCCGCAAUGAAAAGCCUUUUGCCUCGUGCAGCCAAGAAGGGUAUGCAUGGUGUGGUAGGCUUUGCUUGUCUUCAGGUUACUCUGGGUAUCUGUACUCUACUUUACCUCGUACCUACCCAUGUUGCCUCUGCCCACCAGGCUGGUAGCGUUUUCCUCCUUACUUGGGUUCUCAUCUUGGGAAGCCGUGUCUGGCACCCAUCUCGCACCGCAAAGUUGUUGCAGAUGGCCAUCAAGGCUCGUGGCCAAACCCCGUUGUCCUCAGCUGCCUCUCCUAUCAAGAGAGUGUAA